AUUGUGUUCCUCUAUCGGCACAUGUGCACCUUUUAUUUUUAGGGUGGCUGCCGUGCGGUGGAGGUCAAGCAGGGUGCCAAAGGACUUCAAUGAGAAGGACAUAGCUCAAACUCCAAGCAGUGGUGGCACAGCGCGCGCACAUAACCGGCAUGGUUAUCUUGACACGCUCGCGGGACUGAAACGCCUGCAGCUCGCGCCGUGAUCUGUGACAGUUGGAAAUGGACAGUCAGGACGGAGGAGCUGCCAAACCCUCUGACACAGACAUGAAACGUCCCAAGGGCCCAGACUGGUUGGAAAACAGCCUUCCUCCCAGGACUCAGAAGGAAGUCGAGGAAGAAGAAGAGGAGGAGGAAGAGGAGAGGGAAGUGGUGCCCGUUGCGGUGGCAAGUCACAGGGCCAAGCGGGAACGCCGGCAGGGCAGCGGCGGUGCCACGCUGUGCCAGGUGUGCAACAUUCAGCUUAACUCUUGUGCCCAGGCUCAGAUCCACUACAGGGGCAAGACGCACCAGAGGAGACUGCGCCACCUGGCCAAGGCGGCCAGCACGGGUACGCUGUCCCAGGGCAAGCCCCACACCCUCCUGGCCUCCCUGCCUCUGCCGGGUCGACCCAUCCAGCCUCAGACUCACGCCCCGCUGGAGCUCAAACACUUCCUGCCCCUCAGGGUCAAUGGCUCCUCACCGCUCAGCCUCUUCCCCAAUUUCAACACGAUGGACCCGGUGCAGAAGGCGGUGAUCAACCACACGUUUGGUGUUGCUCCGCCCAAGAAGAAGCCCAUCAUCUCCUGUAACAUCUGUCACCUGCGCUUCAACUCCACUACCCAGGCAGAAGCCCACUACAAGGGUCACAAGCAUGCUCGCAAGCUGAAAGCAUUGGACACCCAAAGGAACACACAGAGGAACCGGCAGAGGAACGGACAGACUCCCUCGACCGCUGGGAGAGACAGAGACAGAGAAAGAGACAGAGGGAAGACAGGAGGAGGAGGAGGAGCAGGAGGGGUGCUGAUCGUCUCACAACUGACAGAUGUAACAGGCCCAAGCACCUCCUCCCAGCCAGCACAGCUGCAAGCAGAAAACAGCCAGGGGAGCUUGUCAACACCUGCUCCUGCCUUACAGCCUUCAUCCAUGGAAGCCUCCUCACUGCUGUCCCCUCAGCUGUCUCCGCAAGUCUCCCCUGCCUCACAGCUGUCUGAGCCAACUUCAGACAGCGCACCCAUGGAAAGCUGCAGCCCCAGACCAAGCCCUGCACCCCACUCUGACCCUCAGGGCACCUCCACGGGGGGCGAGGAGGAAGGAGAGGAGGUCGAAGAGGCUAAGGAGGCCAAGAGGAGCAAUUCAAAGCAGCUUCUCCACUGUCCUAUGUGCAAAGUCACAGUCAAUUCCAGCUCCCAGCUGGAAGCUCACUACAGUGGCUCCAAGCAUAAGCAAAUGCUGGAUGGUCAGAACGGCAGCCAAUCACAGCGCAGGGUCAAGAUAAUGUCAUCGCCCCGGCCCACCUGCAGGACCAAGCAGCGAAUGGGCAGCAAGAGCAGAGUGGGGUUUGGCGUGUCCAGCCAGCCCUUUCACUGUGAGCUGUGCCAGCUGUCCGUCAACUCCGAGACACAGCUGAAACAGCACUUGAGCAGCAGGAGACACAAAGAGCGUUUGGCUGGGAAGACUGUCAAGCCUAAGUUCAGCCCCUACAUUAAAGUCCAGCCCAGCGCUGUGUUGGCGACUAAACUGGCCCUGCAGAAGCAGCUCUCCAAGGCCCUGCCGGCAGGGUUUCUGGCCAGUCCCCUCAACCCAGCUGCCUUGUGCACCAUGGCCUCUGGACCUCUGGCCUUCCGGCCGCCGCCUGCACCCACAGCCAUCAUCCAGGGCCCACUGAUCAGCCCCACACUCUUCAGGCCUGCCCCGGGUCCACUGAGAGCCACACACACACCCAUUAUCUUCUCUCCUUACUAGCUACAGACAUAUUAGCUGUCUGCGAGCCAAGCUGAGCUGGAGGACUGUUGUAGCCUGGGCUAGUCAAGCUAAGCCUAGCUUAGUCUGGACAAGGUCAAGCUAAAACAUGAGAUGGCCGUGAGUGAUGUGAGUGACACGCGAACACUGUGCAGCAACAGUGGGACAACAUAUCACCAUGUCCAGUCUGGCAGGUUCAGGUCAUGAGUUCAGUACGUCAAAUCCUCUGGUGUGGAUUGAAAUCUCGUUGCGGGCUGAACUCACAGUGGAAGGUUCCCAGCUGUUCCCUCCUCACAAACUGUUGAGUGCAUGCUCCCUGGGGUCUGGACCCCUCUGGAAGCCAUAGCGACAAGCAUCUUUUAGUUUUAUGAAUAAGACUAUAUGAUAGAGAAAUACACUAGGCCUGUGUAAAUGUUACUUAAACUAAGUGUCUGUUGCCAAAAUCCUAGCAUUUUUAAAUAUUUCUAAUUGUACUCUGGGAGAACAAGUACAACAGUUCUAUCCUGUUAUAGUUUUCAUCCCACAAAUCUUGAUCAAGGAAAUCCAGUCUGUGAUAUUCACCCAUAAAACUCUCCAUUUUGAUAUGAAAUACGAAACCCUAGGAAAAGUGGGACGAUCCAUAACUUGGGAUUACUGGGGAUGAUAUUGCAUCUUGGCAGCUUUAUGUUUUUAUAGCCAUUGUCUGCUCUGGAGGCCUUUUUUUAAACUUACAUUAGCUAAAUAUAGACAUUCGACUUGUCUGUGUCUGUGUCUGUCUCUGUCUGUCUUUCUCUCUUGCUCUCCCUGUGUAACAAGGUGACAAUCAACCAUCACCCCAAUAUGAUGCCAAGUAUAUUCAUUACAGGGAGGCAGACAGGGUGCAUGUUCACCACUGGACCUUGUGCUUAAAAUGACUUCAUGAGGUUUUGUUGUCUGUAUAAACCCUGAAAGAGACAGCUCAUGUUUCUUUGACAGGAUACAUGGAGAACAAGCUCUUCAGGCAUUGGGAGGAUGCAUUCAUUAAAGGUUUUUCACAGCCUGACAUGUGCAAUAUGGAGUGGCAGACUCAUGUGCUGUAACCCCAAAAGCAAAGUGAUUUAUCUUCAAGUUCUUAAAUAUUACAAGUGGUUUUGACAUUAUAAAUGAAACCUGUUUUGUUUUAUAGAGUUGUAUGAAUAAAUAACUACCUUUUUCUCAUUUGAGCAGCCACCACCACCUGUUUGUGCUGAAUCAUCCUAAGCAAUAUGUAUAUUGAAGUUGUAUUCUAAGUGUCACCUGGUGAAAUUCAUGACUAGUAUAACUGUGCAUCCAUUGCAAUAAUAUAAAUUAUUAUUCAUUAAAAAAAUAUCCAUACUGUAUUCUAUA